AGUUUAAUUUUUGUUACAAGUUUCAUGAUUUCGUGGUUUUUGAUUCUAUCGCUUUAUCUCAUCGAUUUCAGAUCGAAUCUCACUGUAUUUUGCGUAUUGUAUCAUGAUAAGAGUGACAACUCAUAUUUUAGCAGUUUUUAGUCUAAAAGAACUGUAUUAAAUGAAAUUUUUGUCGUCGAUUUUUGAAAUAAAUUUAAUAUAAUUGUUGCCUAUUUUCUCACUAUUACAUGUUUUUAUAGAAUUUAUAAGUUAUGUCUGACCCAAUACCCUUAGAUUCUAUUGUUUUCUAUGAUCUGCCACCUCCACCUUCUUACAAUGUGCAGAAUAUGGUCCUACAAUAAUUUGACAAAGUCUAAAUACAUCAAACUAAGUCACAAUACUGGCCAUUACAUACAGAGCAGUGGUACAAGUCUAUAAAGAAAUAAAUCAGCAAGUUGAUGGUCAAUUGUACAGAUCAUAAAAAAAAUAUUACUGCAUUUUUAUUACCACAGAUAAAUAAUAGGACAGGAGUGCACUGUUGCUAAUAUAUUUUACAACUGGUAACAUAAACACUAAGCUAAAGUAGUUUAUAAUACACAUACUUACAUAAAAUACAUAAUUACUCUGUCCUUAUGAAGUUACAGGUGUAGUGAGGCUCCGUCUAUAAGACUUACUGUACUACUAUGUCAAAAAAAAAUUCUAGAAUGAAGUAUUGUUGAUUUUUAACAUAAAAAACAUUUGAACGAUCGAGAUGUAUUCCGGAACUGUCUACCACGGUCAAACAGUCAAUAAGCCUGAUGGAAUCGCUACAAGUAUAAAGAUUGAGCCUCUCGACUCAGAUUGUGGUGAUGAACCGCAAGCAGUUAAUUUAGAUGUUACUACCAACGUAAAAACUGAGUUUCCCCCACACGAGCCUUCUGAAUACGACACAGAUACUCACCAGAGAACAGAGACCACACCGCUACAUAGACCUGUAGUUAAAACAGAGUAUGUGGAUGUAACAGAGAAAUCGGAGGUUCACAAAUUUACCGGCAAAGAGAACGAUCAUUUUCUAAAACUUAAUAAGGAUCUAGUGCUGAAAAAUGAGUUAGUUAUAGCCCCAAGUGUAGUGAGAACAGGGCCAAUGACCGGGAUAGCUCAGCAUUUGUUGCAUUCCAUAACCGGUGCUGGGAAUGUGUCCUUACUUUGCAAUAAAACAAAGGCAGACAAACCGCAUUGCUGUGAAGUGUGUAAGAAAUGCUUCAAAAGGAAGGCGCACUUGAAGGAGCAUAUGUACAUACACAAUGGCAACAAACCAUACAGUUGCGAGCCGUGUCAGAAGUUCUUCGCGACGAAGGGCAAUCUGAAAGAGCAUAUAGCUAUGCAUGACUACACCGGUGAAAAGCCAUACAUAUGUGAGAUGUGUGAGAAAUGUUUUCGACUAAGCUCGCAAUUGAAAAUGCAUAUGCUCAUACAUACAGGUGAAAAGCCAUUCAGCUGUCCUGUGUGCAGAAAAUGUUUUAGGGCCAAGACAAAUCUGAAAGAGCAUAUGCUGAUCCAUACAGGGGAAAAACUGUACGCGUGUUAUAUGUGCAAGAAAUGUUUCAAAACAAAACGCUACCUGAAACAGCACGUCAUGAUACAUACAGGCGGUAAGCCGUACUGCUGCGAUCUAUGCAAAAGGUUUUUUAAAACGAAAAAGUGUCUGCGACAGCACUUGGACAAUAUGCAUACAGCCGAGAAGUCGCACGCUUGCCAUAUUUGCAAUUGUCGAUUUAAAACAAAGCAAGACUUGUCCAAGCAUUUACUUAUUCUGCAUAGUGCUGAAAAGGCGUAAUUUUUUUUUUUUAAUGGACGAAUAUGGAAUGCUAACCCCGUUAUCGGUAUACGCCGGCGGGGUACCAGGGAGGUAUGACAAGUGGGGAGGUCAAGUCAUUUGGCCAAUAGUGAGGAAUUUACCAGGAAUGAAGCAUACCUUCCAGGGGGACUGUGUGUCCACCAUUAUUGCUAGCAAUGGAGCUUCUAAUUCCCAUUGUUAACAACCCCCCCCCCCCCACACACCUCAGUCAUAAUUAGAUGUGAUAUGUGUAAAAAAAAUGUUAUAGAACUGUGAUUAUAUAGAAAGAGCACUUUAUUGUAUGUAAAUGUCUACUUACUGAUGUAAAUGGCAACAUUAUUAUGUACAUAAGAAUAAAUAUAUUAGGUAAAAUAGACACUCAUGUCCAGUUCUGUUUUUGAACAUGGCAAUACCGUCGCGUACAUGUAGCCUUCCCUUUAGUCCCUGCAGGGUUGUCACACAGUAUUUUUCUUUUUUUUUUGAAUUUGGAAUAGUAAACAAUUGUACAGUUUAUUGUUUAAAUACAUGAAUAUUUCUAUUGAAGGUAGUAUAUUAAUUUAUUUUAGCAUUUAUUAUAUAAGUAGGUAGGUAUUAUAUUUAUUUAUAGUAUAUGUAUUUAUGUAAUAUUUUAUUAUAUAUUUUAAUAUUUUAUUUAACUGUAUAUUUGUUUAUGUAUUAAUAGUUGUAGCACUUCAGUUACCCGCUAACGACAUGCUUUCUAACUGCAUUGGGUUGACUGGAAGAGAUCUCUGUCAGAGAUAAGUCCACGCUUGCUCACAAUAUUUAUAAAUGCAUUAACAAUGUAAUUUACAAGUGCAAUAAAGAAUAUAUAUAUAUAUAUAUAUAUUUGUACCGAAAAAUAUCAUUAUUCACUAAUUACUUAUUUAUAAAAUAAAAAUAUCGCUUUAUAAAUAAAUAUGGCGAUAUCAUAAGUAUUCUACACUUACUUUCUGCCAGCAGUUCUAUUCCUUUCUUUUUAUAAGAAGCUGCUGAUAGUGAAAAUAAAUCAGUGUUUUACAAUCUCUCGGUGCAAAUUAAUGAGAAGACAAAGCAUAAAUAUAAAUAUAAAUAUAUACAUAGAAAAUUAUUUUUUUCUAAACUCUAUCUGUCGCUUGCUAGCCCUGAUUUAUAAGGACGCGAAUUGGGCACGAACCUGAGGGCGUACCAUGAAAUGUUUUCCCAAAUUUCAGAGUCAAACGAAACACAAAUUUGUUUGUUAAAAUUACAUAAUACAUGACGUUUGGAAAUAUUAAAAAUGUUAAAAUAUUGUUCUUUUGGACUUUUAUGAUAGGAUGUAUGACGAACGAAAUGUUAAACUCCAUUUAUUGGUACGAUUUUGGUGUAAACAAAAACACGAAAUUGAGUCCGAAAUUUCGGAAUUUCAUGGUAGACCCGCUGGAUAUUGUUAGUGUUACCUGGAUAUUUAUUCUUAAGCUACUGUUAAACAGACGUACAAAUGCCAUAGGAAAAAAAGGAAAUCCUAGAUUCAUAUUCUAAUUAUAAAAUUACACUUAAAGUGUCGCCGAAUUAAAAGAACUAGUUAUUGUAGUGUAGAACACGAGCGGAGUUGAUUGUUUAUCGUGAAAAUUCCCAUGUCUAGAUGUAAUAUUUUCACUUUGUAAGAAUAAAACAUUCUGGUACAUUUAGCUACAAAAUGUAGUUGAAAGAGGUUAAAAAUGGAUGUACGAUUUGUUUGAAAGCUCUCUAUUUUUUUUUAGUGCCGUUUUUUACAAUCUCCGAUCGUGCAUCUUGUAUUUUUUCUAUAUCAAUCACGCGUUUCGAAUGUGUAUACGUUUGAAAAAUAUUCUUUUGUAAAACAAAAGGAUAGAGUUUUCAAUGUGUGUUCAACCUUACGCUAGGGUUGCCAACUUAGUUAAUUUUUAAAAAAUCAGUUGCCAACUUUUUUUUGCUUAAUUAUACGAACUUUGAAAGUAUGGGGUUUUUAUCCGAGACAAAUAAACUUCAUUGCAUUUUAUGCGAGAUUAUGUCUUAUUUUGGCCACUCCAAUACUGGCUAGUGGGUCAGUUUGGUUUCGAGUCCUUAGAGAAAUUGACGUUCCCAGAACGCUUUUUAAAUAAUUAAAAAUUGUGUCCCACAAAAAAAAAAAAGAUUUGAAUUAUGACAAAGUCACAUAUUUUGACACUAAAUUACUAAACCGAUUUUGAUAAACUUUCUAUGGGUACAAUUUGUAAGUCAGAAAAAAAAACAUCAGUUUAGAACUAACAGAAUUAUGAGGUAACAAACAUAAAUAAAGUACAACCGAAUCGACUACCUGCUUUUUGAAGUCGGUUAAAAAUGUUUUUUUUUUAUAUUUAGGGAACAUCAUUCAUCAUACUUAAAAGGACCACUGAAAUCGGACAAAAAUCGAACUUUAAUACUGCAAAUUAUCCAACUAUAUUAAUGGGUUGGUUGCAUUGAAAACAACUGCGCCUCUAGCGGAAGGUUUCGGAAACUCACAUUUCUAUACAAACUCAUUAUUUGUAUGUGAUGCGAUAGUAAUAAAUCUUUAUACAACUCACAAUUGACAUUCUAUUUUCAAAUUUGAAUAAAGAAUACUAUUUGAAUAAAAGAAAAAAAAAAGAUUAAUUUAUCAGUUUUCUAUGCUUUUAAUUAUAAGGCUGUUUAAAAAUAUAAUUGUUUUUAUU